UCCGAGUAGCAGUCUUAGUCUGGUACCGAAACCGAGUUCAAGUCUAAGUAGAUAAAAAAAAAUUCGAAAUGCGUGGUCUGAAAAUACAACUACUAUCCAACGCCCUCAAACCGGCAUUACGUAGGCACAGCAGCAGCUCGUCCGUGGCCACAAAUUUUGACCUCGACGGAGUGUUCGUGCCCAUACCUACACCGUACCGAGCCAACGGUAAUGUCGACUACGGAGCGCUUGCGUACAAUUUCGAGCGAUGGGAAAAAAUACCGUUCAGAGGGUAUUGUGUAGGUGGAUCAAAUGGCGAAGGACCAUAUUUAAAAGCAGAAGAAAAAUUAGAAAUGGUAUCCAAAAUUCGAUCUAUGAUUGGGAAAGACAAAUUACUGAUUGCUGGGACGACGUGUGAAUCAACUAAGUUAACGUGUGACCUUAGUAAAGCUGCGGCUGAAGUUGGAGCAGACGGCGUUUUGGUGAUGAGUCCAUUCUAUUUUAAAACUAGAAUGACGGAAAACUCGUUAUACGAUCAUUUUGUGUCGGUGGCAGACUCGUGUCCAGCGCCGGUUAUAGUGUACAACAUGGUGCCCGUCACCGGUAUCGACCUCAGCGUCGACGUAUUGAAGAAAAUGUCCUUACAUCCAAACAUUGUUGGCGUUAAGGAUAAAGACAUGGGAAAACUCGCAGCGCUGGUCACCGAAACGCAGGACCAGAAAUUCCAAAUUGUCGCUGGCUCGGCGAGUUAUUUAUUGGCCGCUAUGCUCGUUGGAUGCUCGGGCGGAAUAAAUGGUCUGGCUGCUGUGCUUGGUGAACCGUUGUGCAAAAUGCACAAACUGGCAGUGGCGGGUCAGUGGCAGGAGGCUUUAGAAUUACAGAGGAAACUCGUCAAUAUCGAUUUGCUGCUCAUGCAAGAAUGUGGACCGGCUGGUCUAAAAGCUGCGAUGGAACUGUUGGGCUAUAAAGGAGGCUUGUGUCGAUCUCCGUUACCACCAAUCAGCGACGAGAAAGUUGCAAAAAUCAAACGAACGCUAAAAAAAGAUGGAUUUUUGUAAUGAAAUUAAAUGAAACAAAAAAAAAACCCUUACAUUUUUUACAGAAUCAUAUUAUAUAUAUCUUUUUAUUACAAACAAAA